AUGGAAGACUACGGAGAGGGAGACGUGGAACAUCUCUCCUACGUGUCCAGAGCGGACUCGGUUCGUACCCUAGUAGGGUUCAUGAUAUCCGAGACUAUUCGGCUUUGUUGUCCACAUGAUUUCUUGGAAACAGCUCCCAACGCUAUGGAAGAGUUACAUUUGCCACAAGAUUCAAUCCAUCUUAUCAAAUUCCCGCCGAAUUAA